AUGCGUCGUGAGGACCUCCUGCAAGCGUUGCUGGUCCGCUUCGUGGACCCGCAUCGGGGGGAGCAGGAUUGGCCGUUGCUUGCGGCGCUUUUCUAUUCCCUUACUAGGCUUCUUCUCUCCUCCCAGCGCGUGGAGCAGCUGUACUACAAUUACCUCCAAAGACACGGCAGCCGUGCCGCGAUGGAGGCCGCCUGCAAGGCUCACGAAGCUCAACUUGAGGAGCGACUCCGGCAGUGCGUGGCGAGCGGCGGAGGCCCCGCCGCUGCGAUGGCGAUGGCAGGUCGUCGCUUGAGCGUCACUUCCCCACCGGCCCCGCGCGGCGCCGGGAUUUUGACGCCGUCCGCCCCCACGGGGAUCGCCGCUCCCUCAACUGGCGGUGGGGGGUGCGGGUCGCUGGCGAGCCUGUUCGUCCCGUCGCCGCGGGGCAGGGAAGGCGACGACGACGACGACGGCGGCUUCGGGGGAGGGGAGGCGCUGCAGCGGCUGACCCCGGAGCAGCGCCGGCGCUGGCAUCGCCUUCGGCACGACUCCAUUAGCCCCGACGUCCUCAUUGCCCUGGUGCAGCAGUUUGCCCUGGUAGACGGGGCGGGGGUGUUUCUGGCGCCGGUGCAUCCCUCGACCAUCAUGGAGUUUAACGGGGUCCGCUCGGGCCCGUACGGCACGGUUGUCAUGCACCCGCUUUCGCUGAUGUGCAUCAAGCGGAGGGUUUUGGCCUCCCGCAGAGACUACGAACUGCGCCAGCCAGAGGAGCGGGCGGCUGCGGCGGAUGCCGCUUUGGACGGAGGGAACGCGCCAACGAGGAGGCGCGGGCGUGUGGCGGCAACUGCCGCUCUUGAGAGAAAUGAGGCUGCACAUAGUAAGACGCCAACUGACCACUACGACGAUGAUGCGGGUGUGAUUCGGACCUUGCAAGAUCUUGAGCAAGCGGUGUGGCGCAUUGCCGCCAACUGUGUGAUGUUUAACGCCCCUGAGUCGUACUACCCUUUCACGGCUAGAACCUUUGCCAUUGCGUGCACGCGCAUCAUUGAAGAUUACUGCAUGCGGCACGUGCUUGGCACAUGA